UUGCUCAGAACCCCCUCUGACCUUUCUGGCCCCACACUGUGCCUCAGCGUUCCUGAUCUGGCCUCCAACCAUGCUGGUGGCCUCUUUCUCACCUGUGGUCUUUUUUUUAUCAACCCCAUUUUGAAGCCCUGUGCCAUGAUCCAGCUCAGGCCAGCCCCUGUGCUGGCAUGCGUCCACACCUUGCUCACCUCCCUUCCUUCCACCCUUCACUGGAAGAGCAGGCAUAUUGGAUGUGAUGAUGGACAGUUGGCAUGUCUGACCCUGUAGCCCUGAACCGGCAGGUUAGGCUCGAGAACGCUGGGGGAAGAAAGGCGCAUAGCCGCGGCUGCUGUGAUCGCCUGAGGACAAGCAGCCCCGUCUUCCCAGCCAUUUCAAGGGGGACACAGGCGGCGGACACUGGUCGCAGGCUCCGUGCCACACGUUGUUGGGGGUGGCACUGCAGCUGAAGCACUGGAGCGAGAGAUCAGAUCAGAGACGCUGGCCGAACCCUCCGGGAGCUGUCGCCUGGUCUACUCCACCCUCAUCUCGCUUGAGGGCGGGACCGAGCCUGUGAAGGAGGAAGCCGGAAGUUAGGAAGUUAGGCGGUGGGAGCCACACUGUGGACCCGGCUUAGAUCGCUUUCCCGCCGGUUCGCUAGUGACUACCGGCCGGAUCUGGGCCUGGGCCUGGGGUGGUGCGCUCUUGCCCAGGUCCAGCGUCUGCUACCCGGCUCUGUCCCAAGCGAGGGGCUGUUUACGUACGUGGCUGUGAGGUGGGACUAGGCAGUGCAGUCACCUGCCAGCAGAGGGCGUCUUACGCUAGUGUGGAUCAAAGUGACCACGGUGUGGCCAUGGGUACAGCCCUUGUGUACCACGAGGACAUGACAGCCACCCGGCUGCUCUGGGAUGACCCCGAGUGCGAAAUUGAGUGUCCGGAGCGCCUGACUGCAGCCCUGGAUGGCCUGCGGCAGCGUGGCCUAGAACAAAGGUGCCUGUGUUUGUCAGCUUGUGAGGCGUCGGAGGAAGAGUUGGGCCUGGUGCACAGCCCCGAAUAUGUAGCCCUGGUGCGGAGGACCCAGACCCUGGACAAGGAGGAGCUCCGGGCACUGUCUAAGCAGUUUGAUGCUGUCUACUUCCACCCGAACACUUUUCACUGUGCCCGGCUGGCUGUGGGGGCCGCGUUGCAGCUGGUGGACGCUGUGCUCACAGGCGCUGCGCACAAUGGGCUUGCCCUGGUGAGGCCUCCAGGACACCACAGUCAGAAGGCAGCUGCCAAUGGAUUCUGUGUGUUCAACAAUGUGGCUAUAGCAGUCAAGCAUGCCAAGCAGAAGUAUGGGUUGCAGAGGAUCCUUAUUGUCGACUGGGAUAUCCACCAUGGCCAGGGCAUCCAGUACAUCUUCGAUGAGGACCCCAGUGUCCUUUAUUUUUCCUGGCACCGCUAUGAGCAUGGGCGCUUCUGGCCAUUCCUUCAAGAGUCUGAUGCGUGCGCAGUUGGGCAGGGGCGGGGCCAAGGCUUCACUGUCAAUUUGCCCUGGAAUCAGGUUGGGAUGGGAGAUGCUGACUAUUUGGCUGCCUUCUUGCACGUGCUGCUCCCGUUGGCCUUUGAGUUUGAGCCUGAGCUGGUGCUGGUCUCAGCAGGAUUUGACUCUGCCAUUGGGGACCCCGAGGGGCAGAUGCAGGCCACACCUGAGUGCUUUGCCCACCUCACACAGCUGCUGCAGGUGCUGGCUGGUGGCCGGAUUUGUGCCGUGUUAGAAGGUGGAUACUGCCUGGAGUCCCUAGCACAGUCAGUGUGCAUGAUGGUACAGACACUGCUUGGUGACCCCACACCUCCCCUUCUUGGGGUCAUGGUGCCGUGUCAGAGUGCCCUGGAGUCCAUCCAGAGUGUGCAGACAGCCCAGGCCCCUCACUGGACAAGCCUCCGACAAAAUGUGGCACCAAUUCUGAGUCCCAGCAACCACCUCCCUGAAGGGAGGUCUCCGCCUCUGCUUGCUGAGAGCUCCACGCGUGAAGUAGCGGAAGAUGCACCGAGGCCCCUCCUGGAUGGACUGUGCCUCCGCCCGAGGCCCCCGGUCUGCACAGCUGUUGCCUUGACUGUGCCAGGUGCUGCUCUGGCCUUACCUCCCGGAGUGCUCCAUCAGGAAGGGUCAGCCUUGAAGGAGGAAACCGAAGCCUGGGCCAGGCUACACAAGUCCCGGUUCCCGGAUGAGGGUCUUGCUGCAUUGGGGAAGAUUCUGUGUCUCUUAGAUGAGAUCCUGGAUGGGCAGGUAAGAAGUGGAAUAGUUGCCACAACUGCCCCUGCCACCGCGGCAACUGUAGAUGUGGUCAUUCAGCGAUGCCUAUCCCAUGGAACUCAGAGGCUGCUCUGUGUGGCCCUGGGACAGCUGGAUCGGCCCCUGGACCUUGCAGAUGAUGGGAGAGUUCUGUGGCUGAACAUCCGGGGCAAGGAAGCAAGCAUCGGGUCCAUGUUCCAUAUCCACACUCCACUGCCACAGACGACUGGGGGGUUUCUGAGCUGCAUCUUGGGUCUGGUACUGCCCCUGGCCUAUGGCUUCCAGCCUGACAUGGUGUUGAUGGCACUCGGGCCUGCCCAUGGCCUGCAGAACGCCCAAGCUGCUCUCUUGGCCGCAGUGCUUCGGGGCCCAGCAGGGGGCCGGAUUCUAGCUGUAGUGGAAGAGGAAUCCAUACUCCAGCUUGCAAGGACCCUGGCACAGGUACUGCAUGGAGAAGCACCUCCCAGUCUGGGCCCUUUCUUGAUGGCCUCUCCAGAGGAGGUCCAGGCCCUUAUGUUUCUAAAAGCUCAGCUGGCGCCUCGGUGGAAGUUGCUGCAGGUGGCUGCUCCUCCACCAGGACCGUGCUCCCCCGUCGCCUGAAAAAUCGGUCAAGGUGGGCGAUGUCUAGUUGGAGAAGAGCGCACUCGGGCCCCAGCGAACCGUGACCGGAGACCGACGUCCCAUCUGCCGCCCAGGCAUCCUACCUCUAGAGCAAUAAAUAUCGGUUAAACGAGUCCA